AUGCUUUCUGUAAGUACCAGAGGAGCCUUUCCCUCCAUUCCCAAGGUGUUCAGGAACAUCAUCAGUGUCUUGCUUUUAAUAGUGGUUGUUUUUCAGUUGCUAAUUUUCUGCCAUUUGAGUGAGAAGAACCAAAUCAUUCCUGCUGAUGCCUACUACAACUACAAAAAUAACAAGAAUAACAAAAUAAACAGCAACGGUUUACAAGAUGCUCCUGCUCACUUAGAGAACCCGGAUCUCUUUUACGAUGAAGACGACUUCAACAACAACGAGAUCUACAACCACAUCAACAGCGAAAUUAAUAGCGAAAUCUACCACAACAAAAUCAAACUUCGCCAAAAUGUCACCAAGGAAUUGCUAUUCAACGAUCUGUUUGCUUCAUCUCAUUAUAAACAUCUAAUUGAAACUUAUUCAACCUCCUUCUCUUCAAACUUCUCCUUGGAUAAAAGAUGUGAGCUAUAUUUUGAUGACCUUUACAUUGUUAAUCCAGACUGGCGUAUAACUUCCUUUGAAGAUUAUCCCUAUUUAAAAGGAGUCUUUAACCACGAUCAAUAUAUCGAAGACAAAAUUAAAAAUCUAAAAGAAGAAAGAAUCACUAAACUAAUUGAAAGUGGUGAAACUGAAGAAUUGGCUGAACUAAAUUACGAAAAAAUCACUGAUCAAGAAAAACAAGAGUUUGAGCUUCAAUUCUUAAGUGACUAUAACAAAACUAUCCAAGCUGAACAAAUGAUGAUAGAUGCUCUAACUCAUUUGAGAGUCUUUGGCAAAUGCUUCAUCCCUGAUCCUUCUGAUCCGAAUAAAUAUCAAAAUUACAAUAACGAUGGUUCUUUCUUAAAUUCUUUAUCCUCUUCUGACUCAAUUUCUCAAAAGAUUAAAAAUGCUUUCAAAUACCUAACUUCUCUCAAUUCUGACUCCAAUUCUGAUUCCAAUUCUGAUUCCAAUUCUGAUACAAACCCAAAUCAAAAUUUAAAAUUUGAUGACCCACAAUUUCUUUCAAGUUUAAAUGAUUUUUAUGAAAAUGAACAAUUUAAUCUAGUUGAUUUAUGUUACGACACUGAAUUCCAUCUAUUUCCUUGGCUAACCAAACAAUUACCAAUAUACACAAGAUGGACUGGUGAAUCGGUCCUUGGUAUCCCCCAAACAUCAAAUUAUAUCAAAGGUGGUAAAUAUUUUAUCGAUAAUGACCCCAUAAUCUCUGAUGAUCAAACACAGUUUCCUAUCUUCAAUCAAACUUAUUUUUCGGCUCUUAAAUCUCAAAAUAACUUUCAUUCAAAACGUGCUUUAAGAAGAAACUGCUUUCUAAAUCAAUUUAGAAGUUCUCUUAAUGGUAAAGGUAUAGUAAUUUCAGCUUCUGACGAUUUUUAUGCCGAUGUCUUGGGUUUAAUCAGAAUGCUCAGAGCUCUUGAUAACGAACUUCCAAUUCAAAUUGUUCACAAAGGUGACUUAUCUCUUGAAACUCAAAUCAAACUAAUCAAAGCUGCCAGAAAUCCAAUGAAAAUCCCAAGACAUUAUUUCAAUGUGGUUUCCGAUUAUGUUUCUCAUGAUUUUCCUAAACAAGAAAUCUGGUUUGUUAACGUUAAACACUGUAUUGCCGAAAACUAUAGAAAACAUUUUCUCAAAUAUGCAAACAAAUUACUAGCUUACUUUUUUAACUCAUUUGAUGAAAUGAUUUUAUUUGAUACUGAUACUGUCCCAAUGAUAAAACCCUCGGAUUUCUUCAAGUUAAAACCCUACAAAUCCUCAAAUACUUUGUUCUUCAAAGAUCGUUCUAAUAAUGAAUUUAUGGCUGACCAUGAUGCUAAAUACUUUAAAAAAUUAAUGCCAACUUUUUUUGACGAAUUUAUGUUUGAUAUACCAAAAUCAACUUCAAAAACUUUGGAGAAUCACUAUCUUAAAGGACACUUUAAACAUUAUAUGGAAGCAGGAGUUGUUGCAAUUAAAAAAUCAGAUUAUUUUCCUGGAAUUCUUUCCACUAUCCAAUUACAGUUUUGGUUCCCAGUUAAUUCAAGAGUUUGGGGUGAAAAGGAAUUAUUCUGGAUGGGCCAAUCGGUUAUUGGGAAUGAAAAUUAUGAAUUUAAUAAACAUCAUGUUGUUGCAGUUGGUGAAUUAACUCCACAAUCAAAAAGAAUAGAAUCUGCAUCUCACGAGCUAUGUUCAACUCAUCCUGGCCAUCUUUCUUCUGAUGACAAUAAGACUAUCCUCUGGAUCAACUCGGGGUUUAAACGAUGUAAAAAAGAAGAGGCUUAUAAAAUAGAUAUCUUAGUUGACUCGUAUAAAGAAAUAUUUACUGAAGAAUCAUUAAAAGAACACUAUAGGGCUCCUUUGAAAAUUAAUGCAGCAUUAUUACCUCCAGCUGGUGACUUAAAUUUACUAAACGAAAUAAAUGAGCCAGCUUCUGGUUGGGUUAUGACAAUGCAAUGUGAAAUGUAUUUGUGGUGUGGAUAUGAUGUUAUUGGUGGCAGCUCUGAUCCAAAAUAUCGAGGAUUUUAUGUAGAAUAUGAUAAUAUAACCGAGUAUAAAUAUGACUAUUAUGGUCAUUUGUGGAUGGGUAUUGAUUUGGAAGAAUAUUCAGGAUUUUAAUUUCUUGCUUUCUCUGUUUGCUUUUUCUUGUUUUUUCGUGCUUUUUUUUUAAACAAUCUUGGCUAGUGUUUGUACAAUCAUUUUUUGGUUUUUCGUUGUUGUUGUUUUUUUCUAUUUAAGCAGCUU